CGUCCAGUCCUGAUCCUCUCGUCAUCAAACUGAGCUCCGAGACGUGCAGAGGCAAGCUCGCCUCGGGCGGCCUCGGGCGCCGCUCCUGCCAUCCGGGGCGUCGAUAUUUGCGUCCCGAGGCAGGCCCACUACGUUCGCCGCUGCACUGAUGCAGACGCAUCAUCGACCACCAUCGCGCUGUGCACCGUUGAUUGUUGCGCUUCUACGUAUUCUGUGUGCCCUGUCAUCGUAAAGGCCGAUACUUGUGUCAUGCUCGUAUCGGAGAACACCGUGGCAUCGCUGUUUUCUCCACUCCUAGAGGAUAGGGCCUGCGCAUGACGAACUGACACAUACCCUAGGGGUGAGCUAUAAAGAUGCUCGUCAUCAAUCGAAGGGGCAGCCAACCACCAGCUACUUCUUGAAAUCGUCAUCCAACACAGAUCAACAUGACUACCAUCGCAGACCUCCCCAAGACAUACAAAGCCGCGAGCAUCUCCGCCGCGAACGGUCCCUGGGAGAUCGUCACCAAAGAGAUCCGCGCGCCCGCCCCGAACGAGGUGCUCAUCCGCGUGCACGCCUCCGGCAUCUGCAAUUCGGACCACUUCGCAAAGUCGGGGAUGUGGCCCGGCAUCCAGUUCCCGCGCGUCACUGGCCACGAGGUCGUCGGCCGCGUCGCGGGCGUCGGCGCGGGCGUGUCGCGCGGCGAUCGCGAGGGGCGCUACAAGCUCGGUGCGCUCGUGGGCGUCGGCUGGAAUGGCGGGUAUUGUGGGCGGUGCGAGGCGUGCCGGGCGGGGAACGCGUGGGUGUGCAAGGAGGGCCAGGUUACGGGGUUCACGUAUGAUGGCGGGCAUGCGGAGUACAUGUAUGCGCCUGAGACGGCGAUCGUGAGCAUCCCGGAGGAGGCCCUGCAGAACGCGUCGUAUGCGGAACUCGCACCCUUGUUGUGCGGAGGUAUCACGGUGUUCGAUGCCAUCCGCACGGCACCAUGGAAGCCGGGAGACCUCUGCCUCGUACAGGGCAUCGGCGGUCUUGGGCACCUCGCUAUCCAAUACGCAUCGAAGCUCGGCUUGAAGGUCGUCGCGAUCUCCUCAGGCUCCUCCAAACGGUCGCUCGCCCUCUCGCUCGGGGCCUCCGACUAUGUCGACGCGUCGACAACCGACGUCGUCGCAUAUGCCAAGUCGCGCGGCGGCGCGCGUCUCGUCCUCUGCACUGCGCCCUACUCGCAGAGCAUCUCCGACAUCAUCCCCGCAGUCGGCCUGAACGGUACCGUCACGCUCGUGAGCGCGGCGGUCGACGGGAAGAUCCAGGUGGAGAACCUGGUGCUGAACAUGAACCGGGCGGCGCUGCGGGGCUGGUGCUGUGGGUGCGCGCCGGAUAUGGAGCAGUGUGUCAAGUUCUCGACGUUGUCUGAUGUCAAGUCGAUGGUCCAGACGUUCCCGCUUGAGGAGUACCCCUCUGCGUAUGAUGGUGUCCAGGCGAACAAGGCGAGGUUCAGGAAUGUCAUUGUCUUCCCGUGAUCCUCUGGUGUAUUGCUAGUUGUGACUGCCCCCUGCGUGUGUAUCCAGUACUGUACGAUAUCAUAGGUGUAUCUUCAUAAUGCACGUCUAUUCCCUGGAUUGUGAAGCUCUCACACCGAG